CGUCAACGCAUCCGAGAGCUGAUCCUGAAGCAGCAGCAGCAGAGGAGUGCCAUCCGCCAGGAGAAUGCUGGGAACAUGGCCCCUGGCACCCCUCAACCCUGGCCCCAUGAGGGCCACGGACAGCAGGGCGAGAUAUUCAGUCGGCCCCCUCCACCCUACCCUGGGCCAGGACCCAUGAGGUUCCCUGGACCCUUCCCAGGGGACCAGCGAGCCCCUUUCCCUAACGAGGGCCAGUUUCCCCAGAGGACAACAUCCUGGGGAUCCUAAUAUCAGACAUCAGGGGCCAAGGUUUGUAACUUUCCUUACAGACUAAACAAGGCAACAGUAAACAUGUCGUCCCCCACGAAUGAUGCAGCGACCCCCCCCCCCCCCUUGACCAAUUGUGAUAACACGUGUGAUUAACACUUAAGUGAAUUACUAUAGCUCCCGCCUUGGGCCAAUCUGUGUAAUUGAGAUAUUGCGUGUGACUAACAACCAUACAAACAACGUACGGACGGAGAGCGAUCCACAGUCCCCUCCCUGAUUUCAUCGUGGGGGACAAUAAAUAAGACACUCUUUUAUAUGACUCAUGAAUUUCGUAAUCUAAGAAAAAACUGAAUGAGUCACUCUCGGUGGGUCUGACUUAGAAUAUGUGGACAACUACAAAUACCUAGGUGUCUGGUUAGACCGUAAACUCUCCUUCCAGACUCACAUUAAGCCUCUCCAAUCCAAAGUUAAAUCUAGAAUCGGCUUCCUAUUUCGCAACAAUGCCUCCUUCACUCAUGCUGCUAAACAUUCCCUCGUAAAACUGACUAUCCUACCGAUCCUUGACUUAAUAAUAUGCCAUUUAGUAGACGCUUUUAUCCAAAGUGACUUAGUCAUGUGUGCAUACAUUUUUUACGUAUGGGUGGUCCCGGGGAUCGAACCCACUACCCUGGCGUUACAAGCGCCAUGCUCUACCAAUUGAGCUACAGAGGACCACUGAGCUACAGAGGACUUCGGCGAUGUCAUUUACAAAAUAGCUUCCAACACUCUACUCAGCAAAUUGGAUGUAGCAUAUCACAGUGCCAUCCGUUUUGUCACCAAAGCCCCAUAUACUACCCACCACUGUGACCUGUACGCUCUCGUUGGCUGGCCCUCAAUACAUUUUCGUCGCCAAACCCACUGGCUCCAGGUCAUCUAUAAAUCACUUCUAGGCAAAUCCCUGCCUUAUCUUAGCUCAUUGGUCACCAUAGCAACACCCACCAGUAGUAUGCGUUCCAGCAGGUAUAUCUCACUGGUCAUCCCCAAAGCCAACACCUCCUUUGGCCGCCAUUCCUUCCAGUUCUCUGCUGCAAAUGACUGGAACGAACUGCAAAAAUGUCUGAAGCUGGAGACACUUAUCUCCCUCACUAACUUUAAGCAUCAGUUGUCAGAGCACCUUACCGAUCACUGCACCUGUACACAGCCCAUCUGUAAUUAGUCCCCCCAACUACCUCAUCCCAAUAUUGUUAUUUACAUUGUUAUUUAUUUUGCUCAUUUGCACCCCAGUAUCUCUAUUUCCACAUCAUCUUCUGCACUCCAGUGUUACUACUAAAUUGUAAUUAUUUUGCAUUAUGGCCUGUUUAUUGCCUUACCUCCAUAACUUACUACAUUUGCACACACUGUAUAUAGAUUUUCUAUUGUGUUAUUGACUGUACGUUUUGUUUAUUCCAUAUGUAGCUCUGUGUUGUUGUUUUUUAUCGCACUGAUUUGCUUUAUCUUGGCCAGGUCGCAGUUGUAAAUGAGAACUUGUUCUCAACUGGCUUACCUGGUUAAAUAAAAGUGAAAUAAAGAAAAAAUUAAUAGAAAUGUGGAGAAUGUCUGAGGAAACUCAGCACUGGAAUAUGUAUUGAGAUAUGUUUUUUUUCUAUCUCUCAGGUUUGCAUUUCCACCUGGUGGGCCGGGACCUCAUGGAGGACAGGAGUUCUUCCUCAGAGGCCCCCACCCCAUGCAGGACAUCCACCUUGGGAUGAGACGCUCUAUGUCUGUGGACAUGGCCAAGUCCAUGGGGGGCAACCCCAACCCUAUGGGGCUGCCACAGCAUUUCCCUCCUCGCGGCUUGCCAAUGCAGCAGCACAACAUCAUGGGUCAGCCUUUCAUCGAGCUGAGACACAGAGCCCCUGACAGCAGGCUUCGCCUCCCCUUCGGGCCCAACGCCAUGGAUCAAUGUCCCAAAAUUGAUCCCAACCUCCAGCCCCAAAGGCCUCCUGGUUUCAUGGGAGGGCCUGAGUUCAGGUUCCCUCCAGGUAUGAACCAAGAUGGCCCCAGGAUGAUGAUGGAUUCCAUGGGGAACCAGCAGGUUGGCCAGAGCCAGCUGUCCUCCAGCAUGGAGAACCUCCACCAGCAGCAGCAGGCCCAGAUGCAAGGGGGCACCAUGCCCAGGCAAGCACAGCUGAUGAGAUCCAUGAGCCAGCCAGCUUCAAAUGAGACCCAGAGUAUGUCAGCUCCUUCCAUGAUGAUGCCAGGGACAUCAGAUGGACAUACUGAUGGUCAGGGAGUCUCCAUGGCUAACAACAACGAUGGAGUGGAGGAGAAACUGGACACCGUCGAAUCGGCUGUCAAAGACCUGGAAGAUGUGGAGGUGAAGGACCUGGUCGAUGCCGAUCUGGACAACCUAAACCUGGAUCCGGAAGAAGAAGACGGCAAAGACCUGGACCUGGAGACCAACGAUUUGCACCUGGACGACUUCCUGACGUCGGGGAAGUUCGACAUCAUCGCAUACACGGACCCUGACCUGAACGACAUCAAGAAGGACAUGUUCAACGAGGAGCUGGAGCUUAGUGACCCCAUGGAAGACCACAGUGAUGCCUCAGACUUCCAGAAGGCUUUGACUGAGAAGAGGAACUUCAGCUCUAGCUAUGGUGGUGCUGCAUCUUCCUUCUCCAAUUUAACAUCUGGAAUGGGGAAGUCAGAGGGAACGGCCGAGAAGUAUUCCUCGUCAGUUGAGGUCAAACAGGAAGUGAGCUGUAGACAAAGCACCGCCUCCUCCCUGCCCUCUGAGCAGAAGAUCAAAAUGGUGGACGAAGACAACCUGUCCCAGACGUCCAAUGAGAGGACGGACCAGCAAGCAGACGGAAACACUAACAACCAAUCAGGAGUGCUCUCUGACUCCACCCCAGUCCUCUCUAGCUUACUAAUCAAGCAGCAGCCAGAGGACUCCUCCUCUGACAAUCAAGGCAGUGGUAACUCUAUGGCACAGCCAAACCAAGAUGCUCAGAACAACUCUGGACUUACUAUGGGAUCCCAAACCAUGGAUCCCACUAAAAGGGGAGAAGAAGAAGGAGAAACAUCGAUGUCAACCUUUGAGAUGGACCAGAGUGGGUUGACCCCGGCUCAGCAGGCCCUGUUGGCCCAGACGUUGGGCCAGGCGGGGCCAGGGGGGCACAGACCGCUGCUGCUGGAGGAGCAGCCCCUCCUCCUGCAGGACCUGCUGGACCAGGAGAGGCAGGAGCAGCAGCAGCAGAGGCAGAUGCAGGCCAUGAUCCGACAACGCUCCUCCAGUGACUCCUUCUUCCCCAACAUCGGUAACUGGAUGUUUUUCAUUCAGGCUAAAUGCUUUUAUUCCAGUUCAAACAAGUUAUUUACCUUCACAUUUUGUAUGAUUAAUAAAUAGUAUAAAUAUAAGUGAUAUGCAUAGAGGAAUUUUUGUCUAUAAAAUAAUAAUUGAGGACUUUUGUCUUUUGUAAUGGGCAAGUUGCUGACCACAUCUUUUUUUUGUCUGCAGAUUUUGACGCAAUCACUGACCCUAUUAUGAAAGCAAAGAUGGUCGCUCUGAAAGGCAUCAACAAAGUCAUGGUUCAAAACAACAUGGGAAUGACACCGAUGGUCAUGAACAGGUUUCCACCUGUCGCUGCAGCAGCAUGUCCUGAAAGCACCUCUGCUCCUCCACAGGCUGUUGGACAGGUAACUGAAACGCUUUUCACCAAAUCAGUUCUCUCAAGUCAUCUUUCAUACACAACCAUACUAGGAAAUACGAAUUAUAACAAUUUAUUGUUUGUCCCUUUCAAAACCAGGAUGGCAAGCUGACACCUGUGGUGGCAAGGCCCAACCCUCCCAAUUUUGGUUCAGGUUUUGUUAGUAAGUUCAAUUUCAAAUAGUCAGUAAAUUGAUAUUUUGAUUCAAUUCAAUAAUAAUGGUAUAAAAUAACAUUCUGUCUACCCCUAAGAUAUUUUUUGGGCUUUCAGACUUAGCCCAAAGGGUGUUUUUAAGAAAUGCUGUUUGAUAUAUAAGUCCUAUGAAAACUCCUGUCUCUUAUCUCCCACUCAGACAAUGCUCAGAAGGCUCAGUACGAGGAGUGGCUUCAGGAGACCCAGCAGCUGCUCCAGAUGCAGCAGAAGUUUCUGGAGGAAAAGAUCGGAGCCCACAGGAAGUCCAAGAAGGCCCUGUGUGCCAAGCAGCGCACGGCCAAGAAGGCUGGGAGGGAGUUCGCUGAGGAGGACGCAGAGCAGCUGAAACAUGUGACAGAGCAGCAGAGUGUAGUCCAGAAACAGCUGGACCAGGUAAAUACUGCUGAGGGCACUCUUUCUUUCUUUCACAUCAGCACUUCCUCUCACCCCUGCACUAUGCUCUCAGUUCAACGCUCAAACUGCCUUUGCUUGGGGAGCUAUGUUUUGAGACCCUGACAAAAAUGUCGAUUAUUUCUUCAGUUAUUCAGACAACAUUUCAAUGCUCCUUAUAAUGAUCAUGAAUAUGCAUUAAAUGAUGUCAAUGAAAAUGUUUAAUUGUUAUUGUCUGUCUUGGCAUUUGAGACAUGCAUUUUCAUGAGUUUGCCUAUGUGCUCAUGAAUUGUGUUUGGUUCUUGUCUUUUCAGAUCCGGAAGCAGCAGAAAGAGCACGCUGAGCUCAUCGAGGAGUAUCAAGUGAAGCAGCAUGGUGGUAGUGGAGUGCCUUCCACUGUGAUGCCAGCGGCUGUGCCAGGAAUGCCACCAAUGCAGGGUGUCCCUGGCCCUGGUGGCCAGGUACCAAGCGGGCCUCCGAUGAACCAACAGCCACCUAUGAACCCAAUGAUGCAUCAGGUGCCACUCCAUCCAGGCCAGCCAAACGCCCCUCCACAACGCAUGCCGAUAACCAACCAACCAGGAUGGCAUCCUGGAGCUCCCAUACCCAUGGGCGGCCCCAAUAUACCCCCUCUCAUGCCCCCUCAGGUUCCCAUGGGAAACCCAGCUCAGCAGCCCCCCCAGAUGCCCCAGCAGAUGCCUACCCAAAUGCCCCAGCAGAUGCCCAUGGAAAACCAACCACAGCCUCAGGCUCAACCUGGUGGGGUCAAACCCCCACAGGGUUCUGGUCUGAAGUUUGACGACAACAACCCGUUCAGCGAGGGCUUCCAGGAGAGAGAGCGAAGGGAGAGGCUGAGAGAGCAGCAGGAGAGGCAGAGGGUCCAGCUGAUGCAGGAGGUAGAGCACCAACGGGUCCUGAAACAACGCAUGGAGAUGGAACAGGAAGGCUUGCUGGGGCCCGAUGGGGGGAACAUGGUGCCCAUCUCUCAGAUGCUGUUCUUCAAUGCCGAGCUGCCCCAGGACUUCAUGCAGCCACAGAGGCUGUUCCCCCAGCAGCAGCCCAUGCAGCCAGGGAUGGGCUCUCCUCCCGGGGCCUACAUGCAAGGCGGUGACCGGAGGGCCAUGAUGGGUAACGGGAUGCUUCCUCAGGACAUGGGGCCUGGUGGUUUUGGGCCUGACACCAUGGGUCUACAGGGAGGUAACUUCUCCCAGGGUCAACCCAGACCCAGGAGGUUCAGUGGGCCAGGCAUGAUGCCUCAGAUGCCCGGGGAAGGCCCUCCGUUUGGCGGAGACUCCUCCACCACACCGCUGCCUUCCAACUUCCCCGGCUCGGGUCAGUCUCUGAUCCAGCUCUACUCCAACAUCAUCCCGGACGAGAAGGGGAAGAAGAAGAGGAACAGAAAGAAGAAGACAGACAACGACGACGCAGAUUCGAUCAAAACCCCGUCCACGCCGCACUCUGACCUCACAGCCCCUCUGACGCCCUGCCGGUCGGACACAUCCUCCACACCCACCAGGAACAACGCCCACCUCUUCGGGGACCAGGACCUCUCCAGGUCCCCCUUACUGGGCUCCUCCACCUCUACCCACAGCCACUCUGAGCUGGAGAGGCAGCUCUCUGGAGGAGGCUUGGGGCUGGGUGGUGUUGGGCAGCCUGGAGGGAUGAGCAGCCUCCCAUCAGACAUCGCCCUAGCCAGGGCCCAGGCUCUGGAGCAGGAGCGCAUCCUCAGCAACAUCAAGCUGGAGCAGACUGAGAGCACCGAGUGCGCCUCAUCCGACAUGUGCUCAGGGAUGGGCAUGGUGAAGGAGGAGGGUAGACCUGCACCACAGAGCCCCUCGCACGGCGGGGGAGCCAAGGGGGAGUCUGGGGGUAAUAACGAGCUCCUCAAACACCUGUUGAAGAACAAGCAGACACCUCUUAAUGGACCAGGGCUUCCCCCCCAACGGUCAGACGAGAGCCUGAGGUCUGAAGAGGAGGAGGCGGCUGCAGACUGCAAGGCCCUGCUGCUGAGGCAGAGCUCCAUGGACAGCAAUGGGGUGAGUCUCACUGUCUGGCAGAUGAGGCACGGCAGUGGAGGCUGGUGGAGGCUCAUUGCAACAGCUGGGAUGGAUUGAGUGGAACAGUUCCAUUCAUUACAGUGAGCCUGUCCUCUGAUUUCUCCCUCGACCAGCCUCCAUUGAGUCAGUGACCGCUAGCUUGCUAUGUAGGUAGAUGAUCUGCCAGUGUGAGUCACAGCUAAGCCAAGCUCUGAGUCCUACUCAGUGACUCAGUCAGAUGGGUCGUGUCUCCUGCUGCUUGUGACAAACUGCUGUGAGUCAUAGUAGGAGGCAGUAUUUUAGGCUGAGUCAUGAUUCAUGAAAUGUUUUUUGAAAACACUCGGACAUACCCAAAAGGCUUAAGAGUUAACAUUUGUAAAAUUAUUUUUUAACGGUUAUCAUCCUUGAUGUCAUGUUUAUUUAUUUUUAUAGAUAAUGCUGUAUUUUUGUGAUUGGCCAUAAGAGAGACACUGCUCUCUUACCAGUUUCUCUGUUAAAAUUGAGAAUAAAGUAAUCUUCAUCUACCUUCUCCCAGGCGUAUUCAGACGGACAGCUGUCUGGCCUGCCAGAGUUUCCAGGACCGCUGCUAGCAGGACAGGAGAAGAAGAAAGGCAGAAACAAGAGGACCCCCAAGGGAGGGGAGAGGCCUGCCUCUCGCUACAAGAAGAGGAAGAAAGAGGGGGAGGAGAAGCAACUGGUGCAUUCUAGCACAGAUGCACUAAUGACCCAGCUAAAACAGGUAGGGGAUAGACCUAAACAUCACAUAACACUAGGGACUAUGUAGUCCACUACAGAAAAUAAGCCAAUGAUAAAAUAAUAAAAGGAGUGCUGUUGAUUCUCUAAACACACUUCAGAGAUUAUUUAUUUAUUUUUAUUUCACCUUUAUUUAACCAGGUAAGCCAGUUGAGAACAAGUUCUCAUUUACAACUACGACCUGGCCAAGAUAAAGCAAAGCAGUGCGAUUAAAAACAACAACAACACAGAGUUACAUAUGGAAUAAACAAAACGUACAGUCAAAAACACAAUAGAAAAUCUAUAUACAGUGUGUGCAAAUGUAGUAAGUUAUGGAGGUAAGGCAAUAAAUAGGCCAUAGUGCAAAAGAAUUACAAUGUAGUAUUAACACUGGAGUGAUAGAUGUGCAGAAGAUGAUGUGCAAAUAGAGAUACUGAGGUGCAAAAUAAAUAACAAUAUGGGGAUGAGGUAGUUGGGUGGGCUAAUUACAGAUGGGCUGUGUACAGGUGCAGUGAUCGGUAAACUGCUCUGACAACUGAUGCUUAAAGUUAGAGGGAGAUAAGUGUCUCCAGCUUCAGAGAUUUUUGCAGUUCGUUCCAGUUAUUGGUAGCAGAGAACUGGAAGGAAUGGCGGCCAAAGGAGGUGUUGGCUUUGGGGAUGACCAGUGAGAUAUACCUUGUUUUAGGGAGCGUUUGACAGUGAUGAGGGGUGGUCGUUUGACCGCGGACCCAUUACGGACGCAGGCAAUGAGGCCGUGAUCGCUGAGAUCCUGGUUGAAGACAGCGGAGGUGUUUUUAGAGGGUAAAUUAGUCAGGAUGAUAUCUAUGAGGGUGCCCAUGUUUACGGAUUUAGGGUUGUACCUGGUAGGUUCCUUGAUAAUUUGUGUGAGAUUGAGGGCAUCUAGUUUAGAUUGUAGGACGGCCGGGGUGUUAAGCAUAUCUCUGUUUAGGUCACCAAGCAGUACGAACUCUGAGGAUAGAUGGGGGGCAAUCAAUUCACAUAUGGUGUCCAGGGCACAGCAGGAGGCUGAGGGGGGUCUGUAGCAAGCGGCAACAGUGAGAGACUUAUUUCAGAUUUUUAGAAGUAGAAGCUCAAACUGUUUGGGCACAGACCUGGAUAGUAUGAUAGAGCUCUGCAGGCUAUCUCUACAGUAGAUUGCAACUCCAGAGGAACAGAUGAGGAAUAGAAUAUGGAUAUGGCUAAAGGCUUUAAGAACUGGUCUUCUAGUGCGUUGGGUACAGUGAAUAAAAGGGGCAGAUUUCCAGGCGUUAUAGAAUAGAUUCAGGGCAUUAUGUACAGACAAGGAUAUGAAUACAGUGGAGGAAAACCUAAGUGUUGGGAAACGAUGAAAGAAAUAGCAUCACUGGAGCCGGUCUCUGCGUGUAUGGGGGGUGGGACAAAGGAGCUCUCUGAGGCUGGUUGAGCGGGACUAGGGGCUCUACAGUGAAAUUGUAUAAUAAGAACUAACCGGAACAGCAAUAGGCUAGGCAUAUUGACAUGGGAGAGAGGCAUAAAGCAAUCACAGGUGUUAUUCGAGAGAGCGAAGACAACAGCUGGUAAUGGCGACGAAAGUUUGGCCUGAGGCUAAACAGAUAAACAGGAUGGGGUACCGUAUAAAGGAACAGUCCAGCAGGUAUCAGCUGUGUAGCUGAGUGAUCAUAAGGUCCAGUGAACAGCAAUAGGUGAGUCCGGGAGCAGUUCAGUGGCUGCUACGGCACAGGCGAGCAGGUGGCACGGCUGUUGAUUGCGUGUGCUAGCGGGCCGGGGCUAGCAGAUGGAUCUUCGUGGUCGUCGCAACGGGAAGCCUGUUGAAACCACAUCAGACGAUUACGUCGGCAGACCAGUCGUGAUGGAUCGGUGGGGCUCCGUGUCGACACUAGGAGGUCCCGUCCGGUUGACAGAGAGGUAGAUAGCCGGGAGAUGGGCCUGGCUCGAGGCUAGCUCAAGGCUAACUGGUGCUUGCUUUGGGACAGUGGUGAUUAGACAACAACAACAGCCAUUCGGUUGCAGCUUGCUAGUUGCGAUGAUCCUGUGUUAAGGUCCAGUGAUUACGGCAGAAAAUCUGAUAUGCUCUGGGUCGAUAGCGCGCUGUGCAGACUGCCCGAUACUUGUCCAGGCUAGAGCUGGCUGGUAGGUAGUGCAGGCCACGGACAAUGGUGAAGACCGCUAACGGUGUCUAAUAGCAAGUAGCUAGUUAGCUGGCUAGUUUCAGCCGGAGGUUCUAGAUAAAAAGGUAUAAAGAAAUAAUAGAAUCCGUUCCACAUUGGGUGAGGUGGGUUGCAGGAAAGUAUAUUUAGUGAAAGGAUGGAAAGUGAGAUUGAGAAAUGUAUACAAAAGAGACAAAAAACAACAACAAAAAACAGGCUAUUUACACAAGGACACUACAGAAUACUUGACCGCACUGCUACGCCAUCUUGGUAAGAUUAGACGACUCCUUACACCAGUAGGCCACAUUCAGCAUGCAGAAAGGCUACAUGUACUCACAUUUAUCUCGCAUUCAGGGGAGGUGAAUUCUCCCUUCAGAGAUGUUUCCUUCUGCAACUCCAUCUUUUGCAGUUCUGAUGCGUUGACCACAGAGCUAGCUAAUUACAGAUAGGAUAGGACGGUGUGUGUGUGUGUGUGUGGUGUGUGUGUGUGUGCUGAAAGCAUUACAUGUAUCAUAGCAACAUACACUACAUGACCAAAAGUAUGUGGACAAAUGGUCGUUGAACAUCUCAUUCCAAAAUCAUGGCCAUUAAUAUGGAGUUGGUCCCCCCUUUGCUGCUAUAACAGCUUCCACUCUUCUGGGAAGGCUUUCCACUAGAUGUUGGAACAUUGCUGCGGGAGCAUUAGUGAGGUCGGGCACUGAUGUUGCGCGAUUACGCCUGGCUCGCAGUCGGCGUUCCAAUUCAUCCCAAAGGUGUUCGAUGGGGUUGAGGUCAGGGCUCUGUGCAGGCCAGUCAAGUUCUUCCACACCGAUCUCGACAAACCAUUUCUGUAUGGACCUCGCUUUGUGUAAUGGGGCAUUGUCAUGCUGAAACAGGAAAGGGCCUUCCCCAAACUGUUGUCACAAAGAUGGAAGCACAGAAUCAUCUAGAAUGUAAUUGUAUGUUGUAGCGUUAAGAUUUCCCUUCACUGGACGGGACCUGGCCCGAACCAUGAAAAACAGCCCCAGACCAUUAUUCCUCCUCCACCGAACUUUACAGCUGGCACUAUGCAUUGGGGCAGGUAGCGUUCUCCUGGCAUCCGCCAAACCCAGAUUCAUCCGUCGGACUGCCAGAUGGUGAAGCGUGAUUCAUCACUCCAGAGAACGCGUUUCCACUUCUCCAAAGUCCAAUGGCGGCGAGCUUUACCCCACUCCAGCCGACGCUUGGCGUUGCGCAUAGUGAUCUUAGGCUUGUGUGCGGCUGCUCGGCCAUAAAAACCAAUUUCAUGAAGCUCCCGACGAACAGUUAUUGUGCUGACGUUGCUUCCAGAGGCAGUUUGGAACUCUGUAGUGAGUGUUGCAACCAAGGACAGAUGAUUUCUACGCGCUACGCGUUUAGCACUUGGAAGUCCUGUUCUGUGAGCUUGUGUGGCCUACCACUUCACUGCUGAGCUGUUGUUGCUCCUGGACGUUUCCAUUUCACAAUAACAGUACUUACAGUUGACCGGGGAAGCUCUUGCAGGGCGAAUAUUGGACAAACUGACUUGUUGGAAAGGUGGCAUCCUAGGACGGUGCCAAUUCUGUUCAUUUGAAGGGGUGUCCACAUACUUUUGUCUAUAUAUAAAAUCAAAUGUUAUUUGUCACAUGCGCCGAAUACAACAGGUGUAGACCUUACUGUGAACUGCUUACUUACAAGCCCUUAACCAACAAUGCAGUUUUAAGAAUAUAUAUAGUGUAACUGCCGUGAUUAUGGACUAGCAAAUUAUGCUGCUAGGUGUAUGACAGUUAUACACCCAGGCAUUACUAGUGGUUAUUAUCUAGAAGAAUGCAAUGCAUAUUAUAACUCCCCCCACCCUCCAUGGUGCUGUUCAUUGAUUAAAUCUGAUCACAUAAUCACUUCAUAAAUGGCUCUAGUUUAAAUUCAAUAGAAACUACACAGUUUGAUUGCAUACUGCUAUCUAGAGUUUGGCAUAGAGCCAUGUAUGAUAUGUAAAAAAUGAUGUUCAUUUAAACAAAUUAUGUCGUUGCAUACUGGGUGCUGCUACAUCAUACUGUGUGCAUCUCAUUGAUAAAUGAGACAUAAAUAAUAUUGUUUUUCUCACCAAAGGUUAUUAUAAAACAGUCAACCAGCUCUUUAGAGUUACAAUUUACUCGCUGCUUUGUCAAAGUUAAAUUACUGACAUUUUGAUAAGUAAUUGCUGUCGCAGUUUUAUUCCCAUGUGGGAAGAAUAAUUGUAGAAAAUGAAUUUAAUGGGAAAUCUAGGCUUUCAAAACACGCUUCAAUUAGAAAUACCCGGUAAUCGCUGUAAACCAUAAACAAGGACAAAUGACCCACAGACUUCCACUAAACACAUAGCCACCACAGCAGAGUAAAAAAUGUUAAUAAUACCCCAGGCAUGUUAAUUGGCGUGGUGCUAUUUGUGUUCAUAUAUCUGAGGUAAUUAUGGAAUUUUGCAGGCAGUUUUACACCACCGGAGAACAUACAGUGCCUUCAUACUCCUCGACUUCCACAUUUUGUUGUUACAGCCUAAAAUUAAAAUGGAUUCAAUAAAUUUUUUGUAAGAGCUUUGCACACCUGGAUUGUACAAUAUUUGCACAUUAUUCUUAUUAAAAUUCUUCAAGCUCUGCCACGUUGGUUGUUGAUCAUUGCUAGAAUGCGAUUUUCAAGUCUUGCCAUAGAUUUUCAAGCCGAUUUAAGUCGAAACUGUAACUAGGCCACUCAGGAACAUUCAAAGUUGUCUUGGUAUAUUUGGCUUUGUGUUUUAGGUUAUUGUCCUGCUCAAAGGUUAAGUUGUCACCCAGUGUAUGUUGGAAAGCAGACUGAACCAGGUUUUCCUCUAGGAUUCUGCCUGAGUUUAGCUUUAAUUAAUGUAUUUUAAUCCUAAAAAACUCCCUAGUCCUUGCCGAUGACAAGCAUACCCAUAACAUGAUGCUUGAAAGUAUGAAGAGUGGUACUCUGUGAGGUGUUGCGUUGGAUUUGCCCCAAACAUAACGCUUUGUAUUCAGGACAUAAAGUUAAUUUAUUUGUCACAUUUUUGGCAGAUUUAGUUUAGUGCCUUAUUGCAAACAGGAUGCAUGUUUUGGAAUAUGUUUUAAUCUGUACAGGCUUCCUUUUCACUCUGUCAUUUAGGUUAGUAUUGUGGUGUAACUAUAAUGUUGAUCCAUCCUCAGUUUUCUCCUAACACCGACAUUAAAUUCUAUGUUUUUUAAAGUCACCAUUGGCCUCAUGGUGAAAUCCCUGAGCGGUUCCUUCCUCUCCAGCAACAGAGUUAGGAAGGACACCUGUAUCUUUGUAGUGACUGGGUGUAUUUAUACACCAUCCAAAGUGUAAUUAAUGCUCAAAGGGAAUUUUUAUAUUCAAUUGCUCAAAUAAAGGUUUAAGGAAAUACAGAACAAAACAGCUCACUCAAUCAAGCCUGGUGGUCUUGUAGGUAUAAAAGCAAAGCUUGCUUUCAAAUAAUAAAAGAAAGUGCUUGAAAGUGUAGUGGAAUGGGAUAAUGUCUUAGUGUGGUGUGUGAAGAAUUCAAUACUUUACCUUGUAUGCAGUACAAAUCAAAUAAUGGUGGAAGCACCUCCUCUAAGAGUAUGACUUAGGCUGUUUGAGAAGGUUUGAAUCCCAAGCAACCUGCCUACGCAUUGUUUGAAGUACGGUACAAUAUACCAAACUUAGCUAAUGUAGUAGGUCAAAGCUGUGUGCUGAAAAAUCUUGGUGAAGUAGGCAUUGUGGUGCUCGUGAAUUUCCUUUCUUUUUUGGCUUCAGACCAAUGCCUACUUCUCACUUUAAACGCUUCAGACCAAUGCCGACUUACACCUGAAGGUGAUUUUAUGUUAAAGGUGCAUUAUACAACAUUUCCACAUUCAAAGCAUGAUUAUUUUUUUUGCAACCAAAAAUUAAUGUAAUUGGUAGUGCUAUUGUAACCUGUAAUGCGGCCUCUGACAAAAGAUCUGGACCUUAAUGGCACAGGUGGUGUGCUUGGAUAACUGCAAGUGUUGCUAGUUUAAACCCUGGUCUGCUGCACUCUAAAAUCAGUUUUGAACUACAUAGAUUGCGACAGUCUUACAUUGCUUUGAAUGGGAAGUCAUAUUUUACAAAGUUUUUUAACUCAAAGCAAAUCUGUUUAGGAACUGAUUGACUUUUGAAGGUCUUAGCUCAGCCUCUGAAUUUCAUAUAGUCUUUUACGGCUUGUUUCUAGCCUUAAGGGUUGCGGUGUUGUGCAUUGCUAUACAUUGGUUGUCAGGGUUUGGGUGGAGGUUGCCUACCGCUGCAAAGUACACAUGGGCUAGCUGUCAAGUAGCCAGCUCGGAGCUGUCAAGUACAAUCAAGUAACUUGGCCAGAGAUCUUUGGGAUUAAAUGUCAAGAGUAAAGUUGACGAUGACAGGGAAGAGAAUGUACUGAAUUUGCAUCAAGCUAAGACCUAGCGUGGCAGUUUGCUAAAGUUAGCUUCUUUUGUGGAAGAAUGUGGCAUAUUUUCAACAUUGAGUUGUGGUGCACGAAUGUUCACACCACUGUUUGGGUAUCGUCGGCAAGCUAGCUAGCUAACUGGCAUUAGGCUGUGAGCCAACAGUAGCUCUCAUAUAACUGGCCAGACUGGGGUGUAAUCAUUAGUCCAAACAGUUGCAACUAAAAAUUCUGAAAAAUAUGUUAGCAUUGUCAGAAAUGCUACAAAAAGGUAGGACAUCGUUGGUUCUUUAUUGGCGCGUGAGCGCGAUAAAUUAUAAAUGUAAUCAUAACUGUUGCACAUGCAAACAUAUUCAGUCAGAAAGAUGGCAAGUCUAAUGAUCAUUUUAUGGUCCCUGUAGUCUCGUUCUUAUCCGACGCCUAGAUCUUGAGUUAGGUCGGGCAAGACAAUUUAUUUUUUCCUAAUGCUAACGACCAUGUUAAAAAUCCAAUGUGUUUCUCUGAACGGAUCAUGGCGAGAGGCGGGGAGCGUGUUGUGUACCUCCAAUCAAGUUGAUUUGCAAAGUUUCAUCGACAUUAAUGUCAUAUUUAGAUAUGAUGGUAGGGAGAUUUGAAUUUAACAUUGAGCUUCAACCAAUCCCAACUAUAGUCGCGACUAUAAUCAUCAUUAGCUCCUUCAACCCCUCUCCUUUCCCCUCGCUGAAACUCUUCCCCAGGUUGUUACUGUAAAUGAAAAAUGUGUCGUGUUCAUUAGGUGCCAAACAGAAAAAAACAUAACUAAAACAGGGAGGGACUAUCUGGAUGUGAUUCAAUAAAAAAAAACGUUCGUUUUCUGUUUCAAAACGUUUAGCUACAGUGUGCCCUACUGAACACGAACCUUGUAAAGUAAGGAUUAAGUAAAUAAAUAGUUACACCCCAUGUCUCUUCCUCCUACUCCACUUCUCUUUUUCUCCCCUUCUCUCCCUUCCUCCCUCUCUCUCCUCCUACAGCAGCUGUCCCUUCUGCCCCUCAUAGAGCCCCUGAUAGGGGUGAACUUUGCCCACUUCGCCCCCUAUGGCAGCGGCCAGCUCAACGGGGAGAACCAUCUGUCUGGGACCUUUGGUAGCGCCGCUUUGGACGGAGUCUCAGACUACUACUCCCAGCUAGCCUACAAGGUGAGGACUCUGAUCCAACCACUAGGCGUGGGCGGUAUACCGUAUAUACCGUAUACCAGGGUAUUUGGAAAAAGCCACUGGACGGUUUUUCAAAACCGUCAAUACCGUUUACACUAUUUCUUUAAAGUUUUUAAAUAUAUUUUAAUAUUUGUAGGUACUUUUUAAGUAUAUACCUGCAGUCAACUUUUGCAAUCUGUUAGGCGAUAAAGAACAUUGCGUUCUUCACAACUCCUGUCACAUUAUUAUGACGCUUACGGUAGUCCCCAGUCACGUGUCAUGUGUUGUUUGUUUACAAGCAGACAACGAGAGACCGGAGCCUUGAGUCACUCACACUUGUGCAGCAUGCGCCAGGUGAUCUAAUUACAGUAUAGAUAUCUGAUAACUUAAGUUAAUUGUCUAAAAUGUGCUAAAUGCUCUGCAGUUGUGCAUUUGGUUUGCUAAUUUAGUAACUAGUUAGCUAUCUAGUUAAGUGGUUAGCUAGCUUCUUCCAAAAUCAAGCAUUCGCUUGGAAACAGUAGAGAAUCCGCUCCUGGAUCAAGAGCCUUGCUGGCUAAUGUUUGUUUUGUGCGUGCAGUGAACUGUGAGUAGCAUUUUUGAGUUACUUGUAGAAACUGUACAAAAUGUUCAAUGCUCUCAUUAGCGUUCUCUAUGGGAUUUGACAUAUACUUGUUAACAUCGCUAACCUUCCGAUUACAGAGUAUCAGUGCGGUUUGAAAACAGCUGCGGUAUUACAGAAUACCAACCACAGUUAUUUUUUUACAAUUAUUUUAAAAUGCCACUCCUCUUGUUUUUGUGUUCAAGGCUUUACAUGAGCUAAGAGGAGAUGGGGUGAUCCCACAUAAACAUGUACUGCAUACUGUAUGUGCUGAAGGCAGUGGCACUACCCACUAGACCAGCCCCAGGCACAGGUUUUAUUAAUAAGUUGAAUGAUGUCUUUGGUGCCUCAGAGACCACUCUGAGAUAUGCUAGAUCCCUCCCUGUUGUAGUAUGGUAACAUGUAUUCCUUGGAUUGAUUCUUCAAAGCAGAACAAUCUGAGCAACCCCCCUACCCCGCCGGCUUCCCUUCCUCCGACUCCUCCACCUGUGAACCGACAGAAGAUGAUCAAUGGCUUCGCCACCACAGAAGAGCUGGCCAGCAAAGCUGCUGCUAUGGGUGAGUACUGGGAAAGGGAUCAGGGGUGACCAGGGUUUAUUGGCAUAUUCCUGCUUGCUGAACCCCUGAAAGUGUUGCUCAUAUGUAGUGUCAUGCUGUGUAUUGCUGUUAGGACCCUAGACAUAGCAUUCCUAGAGCAGACAGUCACAUAUAAAUAAAGCCUAACUCCUAGAACAUACAUUUACAUUAAUUUCAAGGGAUUCUAUGUCUUUAGUUUGGACCAAUCUGAAUGUCUCGUUCAUAUGUUUCUCUUCUAGUGUCUAAAGGUCUGGUCCCCAAGCCGCUCCACGUCCCGUUCAGGACCGAGGAGGACCUGCUGGCGCGGGCCAUCGCUCAGGGACCUAAAACUGUGGACGUGCCAGCCUCCCUCCCCACGCCCCCUCACAACAACCAGGAGGAACUCAGGUAAGGAAGGCCUCUGCUCCCCAGAACAGAUAAAUUAGUAGUGAUGUCUUUGGUUAUGCUUACAUGCUUUACAUCAGUGGCUGAAAGAUGCCAUAUUACCCUAUAAACUUGUCAUUGUGAAUACAGUAUAUUCUGUAAAUACUUGGCCACACAAUGAUUUUCCCUACUGGGACAAUAAAGAUUCAAUUGAAUUGCACUUCAUAGACAGUGGACACAAUUUAUAUACUAAUAUUUGUCUAAAAACAUGCAUUAUCCUCUAGCUAGGUACUCAGACUAGGCUGUAGAUACAUGUAUAUGAUGAAAAGCUUUCAGAUUCCACAACAAUUCACCUUAGGGAAGCCUCCUCAAGACAAUUUACAGUUGUGAAUGCAAUGAUAUUUUUGUGAAAAUAGGUUAUUCGUCUAAAAACAUGCAUUUUCCUCUAUCUGGGUACUAGGACUAGGCUGUAGAUAUACCAUACAAGCUUUCAGACUCCAAAACAAUCUCUUCACAAUGUUCUCAGUUUAGGAAAUCCUGAUGAAGACAAUUUAGAAUUGUGAACGCAAUGAUUUUUGUUUAAAUUUUAACUGAUCUUAACUAAUGUUUCUCUCAACCCCCUCCCUCUCUGUCACAGUAACAGGCUGGGACAAGAGCAUUGUAAGGAUCGGGACACACCAGACAGUUUCGUCCCCUCCUCGUCUCCUGAAAGUGUGGUUGGCAUGGAGAUCAGCCGCUACCCAAACCUGUCAUUGGUGAAGGAGGAGCCUCUCUCCCCCGUCCUCCCCAUGCUCCCUGCACCCUGGGGGAAAGGUACAAUUUUGGUCAUUUGUUUAAACUGGAAAUAAACUGCAAACAGAGUAUGUGCCUUUCUAACUAUUAUACGCACUACUUUAUCAAUCGUGUUAUUUAUAAAGCCCUUUUUACAUUAACAGUUGUCACAAACUGCUUUCAGUUGACAGGACUAAGUAUUAAUGAAAUAUUUUUCCGGAUGUGUCUAUUACUCUUCCUGUAGGGUUAGAGGUUAGGCUGAAGACUGAGCUCAAGACGGAGCCUUCUGGCAUGUUCUUCGGCUCCCAUUUUGGCCCAGCAUCUAACGACACUAAGCCAGGCCUGGUGUCUGUAGCCAUCACCCUGAGACCAGCUGCCGCAGAGGUGAGGGUUCUGUUCUGUUGGCUUCUCUUCGUCCUGCUCUCAGAGAAUGUCACCAUGGAGGGAAUGGUCUAGAUCCUUUAAUUUUUAUUUAAGCGGUUAAACAAUGUAGUUCAUGUAGUAGUUUUAUUCCCCUUUUUUCCUCUCAAAAAUGCACCUCAGUCCUUUCACUACUGUUUAGAUAUGUUAGGAUUCAAAUCUCACCAGGCUUAAUUGUAGAAGCCGAACCCAAUACUUUGUGCGCGAGUCAUGAACUGCUCUCUAUCUGUGCCAUUGGCUUUUGACUGGCAAUAGCCGUUACAUACUAUUUUACGACUUUUUUUGUUUGUUUUCCCAGAACAUCACAGGUGUUGUAGCAGCCAUCUCAGACCUGCUGUGUGUGAAGAUACCCAGCAGCUAUGAAGUCAGCAGCACCCCAGGCCCAGAGAGGGGGCCCCUGGCCAUGCUGAGCGGCCUGAGGCUGGGCCCCCAGGGAGAUCUCGAGCACCGGCCGGGCGCCCCAAUGAUAUACCCGGGCCGUGGUGGUGCUGGGGAAAUGGAGGGCCCACACCCUCAAGGAGCCCCAGGCCAGCUCAUUAGUUCCGGGGGAAGAGGAGGACCACAGCAGGGGAUGAUGAUGAUGCAACAGCAGCAGGGACAUCCGCAGCAGCACAUCCGCUUCCACCCUGACGGACCAGGUGAGAGACUGGGCUACAUCCCUGCACCUUAUCGCCCCCUUAUGUCCAAAUACAGACAUAACAGGGGAGAUGUUGCUGCUCUUGUGCGCUCGUGUUGAAAUGAGACACUGACGAAAUUCAUGUCCAUCCAGACCAGUUUGUUUUUUUAAGACUUUUUCUGAUAUUAAUAAUAUCUGUCUUUAAGCACGACUUCACUGCACCUAGAAGUGCACAAGACAACAGAACAGAGCCAUCUCUAUCUAAUUGUUUUCCCACUCGUCGUCCAUUGGCAUAAUUAGCCUCUUUUAACAAUGUUUACAAACGGUCCGUUUCUUCAUCCUGUGCACCAUUAUCCUUCUGUCUGCAGCCUACAGGCUGUGUGUGUCUGGCCCACCAGGUAGUGAUGGGCAUCCGUAUUGAUCUCACACAAUGAUCCGCACAGCUAAUGAAACUGACUAAUCAUCCUUCCUAGGCCUCGACCUCACUGGUGCGCACACACACACACCUGCUUAGCGCUGCUGUCAAAGUGUCAGACCAUGGGCCUAAUGGAUGUGGUCAGUUUGCCUAGACCCCUAGACCACAAACAGCCAGAUGAACAGGAAAGUGGACACCCCUGGUGUUAAUUGUCUUGGGGGUCUUAUAAUUAGGAGCUGUUUAUCUCUAAACCAAUUGUGUGGUUCAUCUAAGACAAUUAGCAUCAUGCCCAUCUAAGGUCAUAAAGUAUGACGAGCUGCCUUCUAAAAUGUUAUAAAAUCAGGCGCUUAAAAUGUAUAGCUUGUCCAAAACAAGACCGCAUCAGAGCACCCCUCAUUUAAUUGAAGUAAUAAACCUAUUAUUUUUACCUACACUACCAGUCAAGGGUUUUUCUUGGAAUAACAGUGACGACAUCACAACUAUGAAAUAACACAUGUGGAAUCAUGGAGUAAACAAAAAAGUGUUAAACAAAUCAAAAUAAACAAUGUAGAAAAUAUUUAAAAUAAAGAAAAACCCUGGUAUGAGUAGGUGUCCAAACUUUUGACUGGUACUAUAUGUGCAGUAAGAGAAUCUAUCCACACUGAACAAAAAUAUAAACGCAAUAAAAUAUCCCCUACAUUUUCUAUAUGCACAAAAGGCUUAUUUCUUUCAAAUUUUGUGCACACAUUACAUCCCUGUUAGUGAGCAUUUCUGCUUUGCCAACACAAUCCAUCCACCUGACAGGUGUGGUAUAUCAAGAAGCUGAUUAAACAGCAUGAUCAUUACACAGGUGCGCCUUGUGCUGUGGACAAUAAAAGGCCACUCUAAAAUGUGCAUUUCUGUCACACAACACAAUGCCACAGAUGUCUCAAGUUUUGAGGGAGCGUGCAAUUGGCAUGCUGACUGAAGGAAUGUCCACCAGAGCUGUUGCCAGAGAAUUGAAUGUUUAUUUCUCUACCAUAAGCCUCCUCCAACGUUGUUUUAGAGAAUUUGGCAGUACGUCCAACCGGCCUCGCAACCGCAGACCACGUGUAUGGCGGCGUAUGGGCGAGCGGUUUGCUGAUGUCAAUGUUGUGAACAGAGUGCCCCAAGGUGGCGGUGGGGUUAUGGUAUGGGCAAGCAUAAGCUACGGACAACUAACACAAUUUCAUUUUAUCAAUGGCAAUUUGAAUGCACAGAAAUACCGUGACGAGAUCCUGAGUCCCAUUGUUAGGCCCAUUUUGUUUUUAAUGUAUCUGUAACCAACAGAUGCAUAUCUGUAUUGUGAAAUCUAUAAAUUAAGGCCUAAUGAAUUCAUUUCAAUUGAAUGAUUUCCUCAUGUGAACUGUAACUCAGUAAAAUCUUUGAAAUUGUUGCAUGUUGCGUUUAUUUUUGUUCAGUAUAAUACCCUUUAGACGCUACAGAGCCGAGCUAAGCCAUGCUGUAAUGCUCUGGCCUGUUUAAACAUCUACUGUUGCAGGAGCUGUGUCUUAUUUGAGUGCUGUUGCUGUGCUUCAGGUCCAGCUGCAGUCAGAGGCCCCCAUCAGAAGAUCCCCGGCAGCCCAGGCUCCAAGCCCCAGUGGUGCUGUCACUGCAAGGUGGUGGUGCUGGGAAAUGGAGUCUGCAAGUCCAUCAAAGACCUUCCAGUGCACAAACAGGUAUCGUAUGGCCAGAGCUUUCAUGUUGUGCUAUGUGUUUAUCAAGCUGAACUCAUACAUUACAAAGACAGUUAUCUAUUGCGAUACAUAGAAACAUAAAUCUUGUGGUGGUCCACAUUAGAUAAUCGUCUCUGUCUUUCUAAUGGUCCACAUGAUCUGUCAACAUAGAUCAUUUGAUCAAUUACCUUGUUGAAUCUUGCCCAACCAAGCUAUGAUCUAUAUGGAUUGAAUAACUAUCUUCUUGGCCAACCAACCCAGUAAAAGCUCUCCUUUCCACCUGUCAGCCGUAGAUUACUGUUGCGUUAGUCUGUUCCCCCCAGGGGGCAGAAGAGCACAGACGGGUCAUGACUAGAGGCUCAGACCUCACUUCAAACAAUAGAUUAAUCCACAUUAUGCCCUUAGGCACACACACAAGCAUGAAUGCACACACACACACACACACACACACAUCCAAGAACAUAUGUCCAUACACACACACACAUACUGUAGAGCCUCUAAUUAUGCUAAUUCCUCCCCCAUUGGAGUGAAAUCCAUCUCAGUGCAAUUAGUGGGUUAAGCGGUUGCAUGCCCUUAGACUGCAGUCUGGGGAGUACACAAAUGGUUAAACCCUGAUUCAUCUGAAUUUUGGAGCUGUUUGAUUAUUUAAUAACCCCUUUUAGUAUUGAUAAAGGUUUAUGUAUAGGAAUUGAUUUGACCUUUGAUGUCUCACUGUGAUUAUGAGCUUAAAGGAAUAGUUCAGGAUUUUGGCAAUGAGGCCCUUUAUCUACUUCCUCAGUCAGAUGAACUCGUGGAUACCAUUUUUAUGUCUCUGCGUUCAGUUUGAAGGAUAGUUGCUAACUUGCGUUAGUGUAAUUGCUAACAAGUGUUUCCUUCAUACUAGAUGUAGAUACAUAAAAAGGGUAUCCACAAGUUCAUCUGACUCUGGGGAAGUAGGCUAGAUAAAAGGGUUUCAUUGCUAUCCCUUUCUCUCUCUUCUUUCAACAAUUGAAAAGUAACUUUGUGUUCUUGAGAAGUGCUGUAUAAAUAUAAUGUAUUAUCUCAUUCUCUCUCUUCCUCACUCCAUCUCCUGACAUGCCUGUCUUCUCUCAUCAGGAACAGGAAGGUCUGUUGCGUUCCGAGGGGAACUUGGUAUUCUGCAGCCACAGCUGCUUCCUCCUCUACUCUGCCUCCACCUCCUCCUCCUCCUCCUCGCAGUCCAGAAACACUACAGAUACUAAGGUUUGUGUUUCUAUUGAUGCACCGAGGCUAUUUAUUUUUGACUUCUUAACCAGUGUAGGUAAUCAGUAUACAGUACUUGUUGUAUCCAGAUUUGCUACCGGUGUGUGAAAUAUAAAUGGUCAAAUGUAAUUAUUUGCAGCAGGACAUUAAAUUAUUGUCAUUCAUAUCUUCUGCAGGACUCGGUGGCCCUCCUGUCUCCAGACUCAGACCAGAAGGAGAGCCUGUCUAAAGCCCAGCACCAGUACAGCAACAACAUGUCCUCUCUGGAUGUCCACUGUCUGGCCCAGCUCCAGCCCAAGCAGUCCCCUCGCUCCACCCCACCCAUCCCCUUCCCUCUAGCCAGCGACACCCCUAAGACUCCUAAGACAGAGGACAAGUCAGACACCAUCAAAGUGACUGUGAAACUGAAGGCACGGGGCCCCAGGGCCCACCAGGAGGGCUGGCACCAGGGGAAGAGACACAAGGGUCUCCGCUGGAGGAAGUGGACGGUGCAGGUGGUGGUGCCUAGAGGAAGCUCCCAGCUCCCUGACGAGGACCAGAUAGACGAGCUGCUGAGGAAGCUGGGAGCAUCUCUCCGCCCUUGGGCCAGUCUCAGGGACCAGCGCCGCUGCUGCUUCUGUCACCAACUGGGGGACGGGGUCACCGACGGCCCUGCCCGCCUCCUCAACCUAGACCUGGAUGUGUGGGUGCACCUCAACUGUGCCCUGUGGUCCACCGAGGUAGGUAACCCAGAAGUUAAGAGCGGUGGUGGACUGGUAACCACAAGGUUCAUGUCCUCAGUCGGGGAUUUAAAAAAAAUAAAAAAGUGGGGGGGAACAGAACUGGCUAAUGGGGGGGGGGGACAGAACUGGCUAAUGGGGGGGAAGACUGCUGGUUUCAGAUCAUUACUACCAUACUAUCUACUACAAUUGUGACCCUUUUAUUAAAGUUGUAUUGUGUUGUAUAUGUAUUAUUAACAUUGUAUUGUUGUAUAGGUGUACGAGACGCAGGCGGGCGCCCUGAUCAACGUGGAGCUGGCACUGAGGCGGGGUUCAGCGGUGCGCUGUGCCUACUGCCAGCAGAUGGGCGCCACCAGCGGCUGCCACCGCCUGCGCUGCACCAACAUCUACCACUUCACCUGUGCCCUGCAGGCACACUGCACCUUCUUCAAGGACAAGACCAUGCUGUGCCACGCCCACAGGCCCAGAGGCUCUGGCUCCGCCCACGGUGGCUCUGGCCACGUCCUAGAGCACGAGCUGCGCUGCUUCGCUGUGUUCCGCCGUGUCUACGUACAGAGGGACGAGGUGAGGCAGAUGGCCAGCGCCGUGCAGCAGCCUGAGCUGGGCUACACCUUCAGAGUGGGCAGCUUGGUACUGCACGCCGUGGGUCAGCUCACCCCGUCCCAGAUGGCCGCCUUCCACUCCACCUCCGCCAUCUUCCCCGUGGGCUACGAGGCCUGCCGCAUCUACUGGAGCAUGCGCCACGGCAACCGCCGCUGCCGCUACCUGUGCUCUGUGGAGGAAAGGGAGGAGCAGCCGGAGUUCAGCAUCCGCGUCAUCGAGCAGGGAUACAAGGACCUGGUCCUCACUGACUCCACCGCCAAAGGUGGGCUGGGCUAGAUUUGUUUUAGGGCUGGUUUAGAUUAGGCUUGUCUAGUAAAGGUGAGCUCGAUUUUUUUUAAGUUUUAGUACAGGUGGGCUAGCUUGAUAGGUUUUAUGACAUGCUUUGAUAUAGCCCUGUUAUGGCUGUAGCCUCUGCUGUUCAUGUAUCUGGGUUGGCUUAGACUAGGCUUGUGUCUAGUUCAUUUUGCCUUUGAGAUUCUCUUUUACUGCAGUAAAUGUGUUCUGUAGGAGUCCCUAUAAUAUAUUACUAUAACGCCUGCUGUUUUCUGUCAAUCAGGAGUGUGGGAUAAGGUCCUGGGACCAGUUGCUGAAAAGAGGACUGAAAUAGGAACUCUGAAACUCUUUCCUGUCUAUCUGAAAGGAGAGGACCUGUUUGGGCUCACCGUCUCUGCAGUCACCAAGAUCACUGAAUCGGUUUGUAUUUGUUCUCUGUUGUAUUAUAUUCAAAUAAUUCAGAUUUAGAAUAAAUGAUCAAUGUUCAAAUGACACAAUAGGUGUCUAUAGCUGCCUAUUCAGAAAGCGACUCUUAAAGUGCUCACACCAUACUACACUGAACAAAAAUGUAAACGCAACAUGUAAAGUGUUGGUCCUAUAUUUCAUGAGCUGAAAUAAAAGAUCCCAGAAAUGUUCCAAACGCACAAAAAGCUUAUUUCUCUCAAAUGUUGUGCACACAUUUGUUUAAAUUCCUGUUAGUGAGCAUUUCUCCCUUGCCAAAAUAAUCCAUCCACCUGACAGGUGUGGCAUAUCAAGAAGCUGAUUAAACAGCAUGAUCAUUACACAUGUGCACCUUGUGCUGGGGACAAUAAAAUGCCACUCUAAAAUGUGCAGUUUUGUCACACAACACAAUGCCACAGAUGUCUCAAGUUUUGAGGGAGUGUGCAAUUGGCAUGCUGACUGCAGGAAUGUCUACCAGAGCUGUUGCCAGAGAAUUAGGCAGUACUGGCCUCACAACCGCAGGACACGUGUAUGGCGUCGUGUGGGUGAGCGGUUUGCUGAUGUCAACGUAAACGUUGUGAACAGAGUGCCCCAUGGUGGCGGUGGGGUUAUGGUAUGGGCAGGCAUAAGCUACGGACAACGAACACAAUUGCAUUUUAUCGAUGGCAAUUUGAAUGCACAGAGAUACCGUGACGAGAUCCUGAGGCCCAUUGUCGUGCCAUUCAUCCGCCACCAUCACCUCACAUGGCCACAUGUCACAAGGAUCUGUACACAAUUCUUGGAAGCUGAAAAUGUCCCAGUUCUUCAAUGGCAUGCAUACUCACCAGACAUGUCACCUAUUGAGCAUGUUUGGGAUGCUCUGGAUCGACGUGUAUGACGGCAUGUUCCAGUUCCCGCCAAUAUCCAGCAACUUUGCACAGCCAUUGAAGAGGAGUGGGACAACAUUCCACAGGCCACAAUCAACAGCCUGAUCAACUCUAUGCGAAAGAGAUGUCGCACUGCAUGAAGCAAAUGGUGGUCACACCAGAUAGUGACUGGCGAUCUGAUCCACGCCCCUACUUUUUUUUUUAGGUACCUGUGACCAACAGAUGCAUAUAUAUAUUCCCAGUCAUGUGAAAUCCAUAGAUUAGGGCCUAAUGAAUGUAUUUAAAUUGACUGAUAUCCUUAUAUAAACUGUAACUCAGUAAAAUCUUUGAAAUUGUUGCAUGUUGCGUUCAUAUUUUUGUUCAGUAUAUAUUGUAGACACUGAAGUGAGGAGGAGCGUUCCAGUCUCAUUUCCCUGUGCUGUUACUUGUGUUCCAGCUCCCAGGGGUAGAGGCCUGUGACAGGUACACCUUCCGUUAUGGACGUAACCCUCUGAUGGAGCUUCCCCUGAUCUUCAACCCCUCUGGCAGCGCCCGCGCCAUGCCCAAAACCAGCUCCCCUUUCACCGCCGUUGUCAUAAGGUAUUGUGGAUGAAUUAACAUUGUUUCAAGUCUGUGGAUUUAAUAUACUUUGGUUUAGCACAAGUUGUCUUUAUAACAGAAUAUACGCACACAUGCACGCACACACAUUCACUCCUAGGCCCCAGCCAGUAUCCAGCAGCACCAGUACCACCUCCAGGUGCCAGAACACAGCCCAGGGGGAGGGAGGCGUCCCCUACACCAAGCCCCCCACGGUGCACCAUAGGUCCUCUCAGUACCGCUGGAUGAAGAGUGAGUGGAGGGCCAACGUCUAUCUCGCUGCCUCCAAGAUCCAGGUGGGUGUAGGGGACAUGAUCCUCUAAGUUCAGCACUAGGCCUGGGCUGGGUGGGUGCAGUGCAUGCUACGCCACUGCUUAUAACUGUCAUUUAAGAGCUGUGCUUAUAACUGUCAUUUAAGAGCUGUGAAAAAGUAUUUGCCCACUUUCUAAUUUUUUUCUACUUUUGCAUAUUUUUGAUACUGAACGUUAUUAGAUCUUCAACCAAAACCUAAUAUGAGAUAAAGUGAACCUGAGUGAACAAAUAACACAACAAUUACAUACUUAUUGCAUUUAUUUCAUAAACAAAGAUAUGCAACACCCAAUGGCCCUGUGUGAAAACGAAUUGUCCUCUUACACUCUGUAACUGGUUGUGCUACAUUUAGCUGCAAUGACUCCAACCAAACACUUGUUGUUGAUCAGUCUCUCACGUCGCUAUGGAGGAAUUUUGGCCCACUCUUCCAUGCAGAGCUGCUUUAACUCAGCGACAUUUGUGGGUUUUUUAAAGCAUGAAGUGCUCGUUUCAAGUCUUGCAACAUCUCAUUUGGGAUUAGGUCUGGACUUUGACUAGGCCAUUCCAAAAUGUCAAAUGUGUUGCUUUUUAGCCAUUUUGGUGUUGCAUCGCUGGUGUUGCAUAACUUUGUUAAUUAAAUAAAUAAAAUAAGUAUCACAUUUAUCUAAUAUUAGGUUUUGGUUGAAUAUCUGCUAACAUAAAGUGUAAAGAAAUAUGCAAAAAUAGAGAAAAUCAGAAAGGGGGCAAAUACUUUUUCACGGCACUGUAGAUGUGCCAAAUAAAUUAUAUCCAGCCCAAGCUCCAGCUAUGCAUUUGUUUUGCUAACUUGCUAGCUAAGUGGCUAGAUGGCAAGAUCAAGCUUCUUGGUUACAGCAGAUCCAUGUUGCCUAAUAGUUUUGUGUGUGAAAUCCCCGGUAUAGUACAGAAAUGGUAUGACAGUAUGAAAAUCUGGAUACCGCCCAACCCUAUUCAGCACUCUUGCAUUCCUGUUCUUAAGUUGCAGAGUGAAGAUAAGACUGAAGUAUGACAGCAUGAGAGUAAAGGGACUCUUACUGUUGAACGUAGACACAUUUUCUGGUUACUGUGUCCACAGGGCCUGGGUCUGUAUGCAGCCAGGGACAUAGAGAAAAACACCAUGGUGAUUGAGUACAAUGGAACCGUCCUCCGCAACGAGGUGGCCAUCAAGAAGCAAAGGACUUACAAGUCUCAGGUGCCAAUUAUAAUUUUUAAUUUUUUUGUUAAGGCUGUAGUAACUGUACUUGCUGUGUUGUGAAGGAUGAAUAAUACAUGUUUGCUGUAUUCGCUCAUGUGAUGACUCAGUUGGUCUAAGUGGUUACUUUUCCCUCUACAGAAUCGUGGAGUGUUCAUGUUCCGCAUCGACAGUGAACGUGUUGUUGAUGCCAGUCAGACAGGAGGUCUGGCAAGGUAAGCAUAAUUCUUUACAUAGUCACAUUCAACCUGAUUCACAUUCUAACCUUACCUGAUUUAUUUGUCACUCAAUGUCAGGAUGGUUGUGCAAUAAAUCACAGGGCUCAGUAUGUACAGUGCAUUCAGAAAGUAUUCAGACCCCUUGACUCUUUCCACAUUUUGUUACCUUACAGCCUUAUUCUAAAAUUGAUUAAAUUGUUUUUUUCCUCCCUCAUCAAUCUACUCACAUUGCCCCAUAAUGACAAAGCAAACACAGGUUUGUAUUAUUUUUUGUAAAUGUAUAAAAUAAACUGAACUAUCACAUUUACAUAACUAUUCAGACCCUUUACUCAGUACUUUGUUGAAGCACCUUUUGGCAGUGAUUACAGCCUCGAGUCUUCUUGGGUAUGACGUUACAAGCUUGGCACACCUUCUCUGCAGAUCCUCUCAAGCUCUGUCAGGUUGGAUGGGGAGCGUCACUGCACAGCUAUUUUCAGGACUCGCCAGAGAUGUUCAAGUCCGGGCUCUGGUUGGGCCACUCAAGGACAUUCAGAGACUUGUUCCGAAGCCACUUCUGCGUUGUCUUGGCUGUGUGCUUAGGGUUGUUGUCCUGUUGGAAGGUGAACCUUCACCACAGUCUGAGGUCCUGAGCACUCGAGCAGGUUUUCAUCAAGGAUCUCUCUGUACUUUGCUCUGUUCCCUCAAUCCUGACUAGUCACCCAGUUCCUGCUGCUGAAAAACAUCUCCACAGCAUGAUGCUGCCACCACCAUGCUUCACCGUAGGGAUGGUGCCAGGUUUCCUCCAGACGUGACGCUUGGCAUUCAAUCUUGAUUUCAUCAGACCAUUUGUUUCUCAUGGUCUGAGAGUCCUUUAGGGGCCUUUUGGCAAACUCCAAGCGGGCUGUCAUGUGCCUUUUACUGAGGAGUGGCUUCUGUCUGGCCACUCUACCCUAAUGGCCUGAUUGGUGGAGUGCUGCAAAGAUGGUUGUACUUCUGGAAGGUUCUCCCAUCUCCACAAAGGAACUCUGGAGCUCUGUCAGAGUGACCAUCGGGUUCUUGGUCACCUCCCUGACCAAGGCCCUUCUCCCACGAUUACUCAGUUUGGCCGGGUGGCCAGCUCUAGGAAAAGUCUUGGUGGUACCAAACUUAAUCAAUUUAAGGAUGAUGGAGGCCACUGUGUUCUUGGGUACCUUCAAUGCUGCAGACAUUUUUUGGUACCCUUCCCCAGAUCUGUGCCUCGACACAAUCCAGUCUCGGAGUUCUACGGACAGUUCCUUCGACCUCAUGGCUUGGUUUUUGCUCUGACAUGCACUGUCAACUGUGGGACCUUAUAUAGACAUGUGUUUGCCUUUCCAAAUCAUGUCCAAUCAAUUGAAUUUAACACAGGUGGACUCCAAUCAAGUUGUAGAAACAUCUCAAGGAUGAUGAAUGGAAAUAGGAUGCACAUGAGCUCAAUUUCGAGUCUCAUAGCAAAGGGUCUGAAUACUUAUAUACAUACAGCUGUGGAAAAAAUUAAGAGACCACUGCAAAUGUUUCUUAAAUCAGCAUCUCUGCAUGUAUGACAGCCAUUCCAUUCCAGUGUCUGUUGAAUUCCAACACAGGCACACCUCAUUCUACUGAAUUCGGUACUGAUUAGGUGAUCACAUGAACCAAAUCUUAUUUAAUGAGGAAAAGUAUAGAAACCACUGUUGUGGUCAUCACUAUCCUCUUGCAAUAGGACCAGCUGGAUGGCAAAAACAGUGCUAAUAGUACCUCAAAAGUAAUAAUUAUCAAAAAAUAACUAUUGACCAUGCCAAAAGAGUUGAAAAGGAAAGUUUUGAGUGAGGAAAAGAAGGGUUCAAUUCUGGCUUUACUGGCAGAGGGAUACAGUGAGCGUCAGGUUGCUUCCAUCCAUAAAAUGUCAAAGACGGCGGUUCAUAAGAACAAGGUCAAGCAGCAGACAUUGGGACAACAAAGCUACAGACCGGCAGAGGGCGAAAACGACUCUCUACUGACCGGGAUGACCGCCAACUCAUUCGAAUGUCACUCAACAACCUUAGGAUGACAUCAAGUGACCUACAAAAAGAAUGGCAAACGGCAGCUGGGGUGAAGUUCACGGCGAGGACGGUUCGAAACAGGCUCCUAGGGGCAGGGCUGAAGUCGUGCAAAGCUAGAAAAAAGCCCUUCAUCAAUGAGAAGCAAAGAAGAGCCAGGCUGAGGUUUGCAAAAGACCAUAAGGAUUGGACCGUAGAGGACUGGAGUAAGGUCAUCUUCUCUGAGUCCAAUUUUCAGCUUUGCCCAACACCUGGUCGUCUAAUGGUUAGACGGAGACCUGGAGAGGCCUACAAGCCACAGUCUCUCGCACCCACUGUGAAAUUUGGUGGAGGAUCGGUGAUGAUCUGGGGGUGCUUCAGCAAGGCUGGAAUCGGGCAGAUUUGUCUUUGUGAAGCACGCAUGAAUCAAGCCACGUACAAGGUUGUCCUUGCUUCCUUUUGCUCUGACAUUGUUCCCCAACUCUGAGGAUUGGUUUUUCCAGCAGGACAAUGCGCCAUGCCACACAGCCAGGUAUAUCAAGGUGUGGAUGGAGGACCGCCAGAUCAAGACCCUGUCAUGGCCAGUCCAAUAUCCAGACCUGAACCCCAUUGAAAACUUCUGGAAUGUGAUCAAGAGGAAGAUGGAAGGUCACAAGCCAUCAAACAAAGCUGAGCUGCUUGAAUUUUUGCGCCAGGAGUGGCAUAAAGUCACCCAACAUCAAUGUGAAAUACUUUUUUAUAUAUAUAUAUAUAUGAAUGUAUAUAUAUAUAUAUGAAUAUGUGUGCAAAAAUGUCAACCUGUUUUCGCUUUGUCAUUAAGGGGUAUUGUGUGUAGAUUGAUGUGUACAUACAAAAAAAAAAAAUUAGAAUAAGGCUGUAACGUAACAAAAUGUGUAAAAAGGGAAGGGGUCUGAAUACCUCUGAAUGCACUGUAUCCUGGACUCUGAUUACACAGUAUGCACAAUGUACCUGGGGCCCUGGAGGAGGGAAUGGGGAAUUGUUCAUGGGGGGGAAUAACCAAUGCGUGGGCAUCCUUGUGGUUCCUGCUUUUUGUUUCACAUCCAUGGGCUUAUUAACACUAAAGAUCACAAUUACUCUCAAUGAACUCAAAAGGGCGUUGGAUAGCAUGAAUAAAGGCAAAUCCCCUGGAUGGGACGGUAAUUCCUCCAAAGGUCUAUUUAACAUUUUGGAAUCAAUUAGGUCCACUACUGCUUGAAAUAAUGAAUACAGCCGUUCACAAAGGUUAAUUUAGGAGAGAUGUGAACAUGGCACUAAUUUCUCUUUUAUUAAAAAAGGUAAGGAUGCCACUCAUUGUCGCCCCAUAUCUUUGAUAAACACAGAUAUUAAACCCUUUUCCUAAAUGUGGUCAUCUAAUCUCCAUGCUUACUUACCCAAAUUGAUCCACACGGACCAAAGCGGGUUUGUUAAAAAGCGUUUAUCCUCGGAUAUCCUCCGUCGACAAUUACAUAUAUUAAAAGCUUCAUCAGAAACAACAGCUCCUUGGGAUGUUUUGUCUCUCGAUGCAGAAACUGCUUUUGAUAAACUAGAAUGAUCAUAUCUGGUCUGUUUUGGAACAUACAGUGGGGAAAAAAAGUAUUUAGUCAGCCACCAAUUGUGCAAGUUAUCCCACUUAAAAAGUUGAGAGAGGCCUGUAAUUUUCAUCGUAGGUACACGUCAACUAUGACAAACAAAAUGAGAAAGAAAAAUCCAGAAAAUCACAUAGUAGGAUUUUUAAUGAAUUUAUUUGCAAAUUAUGGUGGAAAAUAAGUAUUUGGUCAAUAACAAAAGUUUCUCAAUACUUUGUUAUAUAUCCUUUGUUGGUAAUGACACAGGUCAAACAUUUUUUGUAAGUCUUCACAAGGUUUUCACACACUGUUGCUGGUAUUUUGGCCCAUUCCUCCAUGCAGAUCUCCUCUAGAGCAGUGAUGUUUUGGGGCUGUCGCUGGGCAAAACGGACUUUCAACUCCCUCCAAAGAUUUUCUAUGGGGUUGAGAUCUGGAGACUGGCUAGGCCACUCCAGGACCUUGAAAUGCUUCUUACGAAGCCACUCCUUCGUUGCCCGGGCGGUGUGUUUGGGAUCAUUGUCAUGCUGAAAGACCCAGACACGUUUCAUCUUCAAUGCCCUUGCUGAUGGAAGGAGGUUUUCACUCAAAAUCUCACGAUACCUGGCCCCAUUCAUUCUUUCCUUUACACAGAUCAGUCGUCCUGGUCCCUUUGCAGAAAAACAGCCCCAAAGCAUGAUGUUUCCACCCCAAUGCUUCACAGUAGGUAUGGUGUUCUUUGGAUGCAACUCAGCAUUCUUUGUCCUCCAAACACGACGAGUUGAGUUUUUACCAAAAAGUUCUAUUUUGGUUUCAUCUGACCAUAUGACAUUCUCCCAAUCCUCUUCUGGAUCAUCCCAAUGCACUCUAGCAAACUUCAGAUGGGCCUGGACAUGUACUGGCUUAAGCAGGGGGACACGUCUGGCACUGCAGGAUUUGAGUCCCUUGCGGCGUAGUGUGUUACUGAUGGUAGGCUUUGUUACUUUGGUCCCAGCUCUCUGCAGGUCAUUCACUAGGUCCCCCCGUGUGGUUCUGGGAUUUUUGCUCACCGUUCUUGUGAUCAUUUUGACCCAACGGGGUGAGAUCUUGCGUGGAGCCCCAGAUCGAGGGAGAUUAUCAGUGGUCUUGUAUGUCUUCCAUUUCCGAAUAAUUGCUUCCACAGUUGAUUUCUUCAAACCAAGCUGCUUACCUAUUGCAGAUUCAGUCUUCUCAGCCUGGUGCAGGUCUACAAUUUUGUUUCUGGUGUCCUUUGACAGCUCUUUGGUCUUGGCCAUAGUGGAGUUUGGAGUGUGACUGUUUGAGGUUGUGGACAGGUGUCUUUUAUACUGAUAACAAGUUCAAACAGGUGCCAUUAAUACAGGUAACAAAUGGAGGACAGAGGAGCCUCUUAAAGAAGAAGUUACAGGUCUGUGAGAGCCAGAAAUCUUGCUUGUUUGUAGGUGACCAAAUACUUAUUUUCCACCAUAAUUUGCAAAUAUAUUCAUAAAAAAUCCUACAAUGUGAUUUUCUGGAAAAAAAAUUCUCAAUUUGUCUGUCAUAGUUGACGUGUACCUAUGAUGAAUUGACCUCAAUUUCAUUCAUAUGAUUAAAAUACUUUAUACAACGGGUGGGUCUAAUCCUGAAUGCUGAUUGGUUAAAACCGCAUUCCAGCCGGUGUCUAUUCCACAAGUUACCACCGGCUAAAUAUAUGACGUUAAAAUGCCUAUUUACUCUGUUCCAUCUGACUGCGCAAUCCACUGUCUCAUCAGCCAAGCAAUUUAUACAUUUGAACUCCACUAUAAAAAGCAUCUAGACAGGCAGGCAGCGUUUCUCAGCCAGUUGAAAUCAUGAAUCAGCUGGCAUAAUUUUUAUGGAUAUAUAUAUAUAUAUAUAUAUACAAAGAAAUGUCAAUAGAAAAAAAGGUAAAAUGAAACGAAGUGCAGCUACUGUAGUUUGCAGUUUUUCCAGCUUCAGUUUGAAGUGAUUGCGUUAGCUGUGUUGUUGGCAAGCUCCUCUGAACAUCAGUGUCCUGACGAGUGAGCAAAUGUUCUAUGCCAGGCGAAAUCACGACUCAUUAGCUCAUUGUUAUGGAUGUAUCCGAAAUAAAUGUCACUAGAAAACAGUUUAAACAAAUGCAAAUGCGGCUACUUUGCUGUUAUUCUGGCAAUGGAACAUUUAGGACGAACGACUGGUUCACGUCCAUACAUACAGAACUACAAGACUGAACGAUAGAACGAACGACCAGCCGACUUGGGUAGCAACCCUAGAUUUGUUUCGGGACUAUAUCUUGUGGAAGGAUGAAAUGGUAUGAAUAAAUUCAUGAAAAUAUGUUAAUCAUUAUUUGAAUAUGUUGGUAACAUGUUGUAUAAAAGUGAAAAUGCCCUCGGAGCUUAAUCUCGGGCCUAACACCCAUGCCAAUAUAUCCUCCAAACACCGGCUUCUCGGGCAUUAUCACUUAAAUAGGUCAAUCCCUCAGCCAUAGUUAUAACAUGCAAUAUCUGCUCUGCUCCGUUCAUAAUCACUAGAAGCAGCAGACAAGGUGAUCCAAAACUUAUUAUCCAUGGAACCUUUGGCCCAGGCAAUUUGUCAAUCGAAAAUCUCUAAUCUACUGAUCACUUAAUCUCAUUGUAUGCAGACAAUAUUUUACUAUAUCUAGACAAUGUAUCUGCUUAUAGAGAAGGACAUUCAACAAGCACAGCACUUACACAAAUGACUGAUGGUUGGCUGAGAGAAAUUGAUGAUAAAAAUAUUGUGGGGGCUGUUUUGUUAGACUUCAGUGCGGCUUUUGACAUUAUCGAUCGUAGUCUGCUGCUGGAAAAACGUAUGUGUUAUCGCUUUACACCCCCUGCUAUAAUGUGGAUAAAGAGUUACUUGCGCACAGUACUACAUAGCGCUAUGACUACAUGGAACUCUAUUCCACAUCAGGUAACUGAUGCAAGCAGUAGAAUCAGAUUUAAAAAAAACUGGUAAAAAUACAUGGGGACUGUGAAGAGACACACAAGGGUAUAAACAUUGUGUAUUGUAGAUAGGUAGUGGUGUAAUAAUGUCAUAUGAUGUACUGUUUUAUAUUUUGUUUUAUAUGUAAUGUAAGUGCUUUAAUAUGUUUGGACCCCAGGAAGUGUAGCUGCUGCCUUGGCGGCAACUAAUGGGGAUCCCUAAUAAAUACAAAUACAAAUCUGAAUCGCUUCCAAACGCAUUGAAGAUCCUAGAUAAAGUCAUCUUAAAAUGUAUCUAACCAAAUCAGCCCUACUUCCUCUCAGGACCCUGAUGGAGGUCUCCAUCUCUACUUAUGGAAUCCCAUUACCAUUUAAAAUAUUUUUAAGUAGAUAUAUUUCCUUCUUUAGAUAUAACUAUUGCCAGAAACUUUAGCAGAACGCUCAAAUCAAUUCAAUCUGACCUCAGUAGAUGGAAUAAUAUCCCAGUUGCUGUAACCAUGAGAAUAUCUAUUGUCAAAAUGAAUAUAUUGCCACGGCUUUCUGUAGUUCAAUGCUUCCCAUGGCUCCCCCAUCUGGCUAUUGAGAAAAUUCCUAGUGCGGUUUCAAAAUGUACAGUACCAGUCAAAAGUUUGGACACACCUACUCAUUCAAGGGUUUUUCUUUAUUUUUACUAUUUUCUACAUUGUAGAAUAAUAGUGACGACAUUAAAACUAUGAAAUAACACACAUGGAAUCAUGUAGUAACCAAAAGUGUUAAACAAAUCAAAAUACAUUUUAUAUUUGAGAUUCUUCAAAUAGCCAACCAUUGCCUUGAUGAAGGCUUUGCACACUCUUGGCAUUCUCUCAACCAGCUUCACCUGGAAUGCUUUUCCAACAUUAUUGAAGGAGUUCCCACAUGCUGAGCCAACCUGUUGGCUGCUUUUCCUUCACUCUCAUCCCAAACCAUCUCAAUUGGGUUGAGGUCGGGGGAUUGUGGAGGCCAGAUCAUCUGAUGCAGCACUCCAUCACUCUCCUUCUUGGUAAAAUAGCCCUUACACAGCCUGGAGUUGUUGGGUCAUUGUCUUGUUGAAAAACAAAUGAUAGUCCCACUAAUCCCAAACCAGAUGGGAUGGUGUAUCGCUGCAGAAUGCUGUGGUAGCCAUGCUGGUUAAGUGUGCCUUGAAUUCUAAAUAAAUCACUGACAGUAUCACCAGCAAAGCACCCCCACACCAUAACACCACCUCCUGCAUGCUUUACGGUGGGAACUACACAUGCAGAGAUCAUCCGUUCACCCCCACGCGUCUCACAAAGACUCACCGGUUGGAACCAAUAGUCUAUCAUUUGGACUCCAGCCCAAAGGACACAUUUCCACCGGUCUAAUGUCCAUUGCUCGUGUUUCUUGGCCCAAGCAGGUCUCUUCUUAUCAUUGGUGUCCUUUAUUAGUGGUUUCUUUGCAGCAAUUUGACCAUGAAGGCCUGAUUCACACAGUCCCCUCUGAAUAGUUGAUGUGGAGAUGUGUCUGUGACUUGAACUCUGAAGCAUUUAUUUUGUCGGCAAUCUGAGGUGCAGUUAACUGUAAUGAACUUAUCCUCUGCAGCAGAGGUAACUCUGGGUCUUCCUUUCCUGUAGCGGUCCUCAUGAGAGCCAGUUUCAUCAUAGUGCUUGAUGGUUUUUGCAACUGCACUUUCAAAGUCCUUGAAAUGUUCCGUAUUGACUGACCUUCAUGUCUUAAAGUAAUGAUGGACUGUCGUUUCUCUUUGCUUAUUUGAGCUGUUCUUGCCAUAAUAUGUACUUGGUAGUCCCAUGUAGCUCAGUUGGUAUAGCAUGGCGCUUGCAACGCCAGGGUUGUGGGUUUGAUUCCCACGGGGGGCCAGUAUGAAAAUGUAUGCACUCACUAAGUCGCUCUGAAUAAGAGCGUCUGCUAAAUGACUAAAAUAUAAAUGUAUUUUACCAAAUAGGGCUAUCUUCUGUAUACCCCCCCUACCUUGUCACAACACAACUGAUCAAACGCAUUAAGAAGGAUAGCAAUUCCACAAAUUAACUUUUAAGAAGGCACACCUGUUCAUUGAAAUGCAUUCCAGGUGACUAUCUCAUUAAGCUGGUUAAGAGAAUGCCAAGAGUGUGCAAAGAUGUCAUCAAUGCAAAGGGUGGCUAUUUGAAGAAUCUCAAAUAUAAAAUAUAUUUUGAUUUGUUUAACACUUUUUUGGUUACUACAUGAUUCCAUAUGUGUUAUUGCAUAGUUUUGAUGUCUUCACUAUUAUUCUACAAUGUAUCCUGUAAUCCAUGGCAUCCUGUAAUCCGAACCAUCAAUUUAUACAUUUUAAGUUUCUUCAGACUGUAUUUAAGUCCAAGGAAAUGUUUUACGAUGAAAUUGGCCCCAACUCCCAACUGUUCAUUGUGUCCCCUAAAUCAGGUAGGCACAUUCCUUCAUAUAACGUGGGAGUGCCCUGCAGUUAAUUUGUACUGAGGCAAAGUUAUCAAAUUAAUUUCGAGGUGCAUGAAUUUAAAUAUUCAAUGCUUUCCAUCUAUUAUGUUACUUAAUGAUAGCCCCUUGAAUCUCUCAAUCAAUCAGAGAAGAUUACUGUGAAUAGUCUUUUGGCUCCCAGAUGGCAGCCACCUCACUCGCUCCCAUUUAACCAGUGGAUACAGUUACUAUUAGAAGUUAUUAUAUUAGAAUUAUCGACAGUGAGAAUGAAUGGUGCUAGUCAAGUAACAAUUGAGGCCUGGGGAGAAUGAGUCGUUUAUCUUUGUAUGCAUUUAUUUGAUUGUUUUUGUACCCUCUGAAAUGAAAAUGACAACUAAAUAAAAAGUUGGUCACAAACAAAUCACGUCAUAAUGUGCUAUGGGUUUGUUUUCUUAUACAGGUACAUCAAUCACUCUUGUACCCCGAACUGUGUCGCUGAGGUGGUAACCUUUGAAAGAGGUUAUAAAAUCAUCAUCACCUCCAACCGCAGAAUCGAGAAAGGAGAGGAGGUGUGUUCUUUUUCCUUUCAAUUGGAAAUCUCUACAUAUGCUAUGAGUGACGUUUUCAUUGUCAUCACUGUUUUCUCUGCGUUACUUUCCAGCUGUGUUUCGACUACCAGUUUGACUGUGUGGACAGCCAUCACAAGAUUGCCUGUCACUGUGGAACAGCAGAGUGCAGGAAAAGGAUCAACUGA